AGAGACAAAAGUAACGAAACUUAGUGCUAAAUAAGCAAAAUUCUCUGUUUUUUUUUAUUCUUAAAAAAAAUUGAAUAUUUCAACGAAUGAGAGUAUCACACACGGUCGUCGUCGAAUUUCCAGUAGUGUUCCCGUGUUCUCGAGGACAAGUAUAGCAUCAACAACAAAAGCGCAUUAAAAGAGCUUCCUCUGAAUCGAGAUUAAAACAGAGCAUCAUCUACGCAACAAAACAGGUGUCUGAUCGUUCCUGAACUCAACCUUGUUUGCUUAUUCUGAAAGAUUCAGACUUUCCAGAAGAGCUGUGAAUCAAAUACACACUUAGUCUCUCUCUCUCUGCAGAAGGGCUUGUUAGUCGUCUCAUGAUCACAGGUUCACUACUGCAAUGGGGUACGUAAACGUGGAGAAGAGAUGGGUGUUCCCUCUCGUCAUCACAUCUCUCGUCUGCGUUUUUCUCCUCGCAACCUCUUUCAACAUGGGCCUCGUCUCUUCCCUCCGCAAAUUCAACGGCAUCUUCUCCCUCAUCCCUUCCUCCUCUCUCUCCAGGAACCAAACCAGACUCGACUACUUCGCAGAGUCCAAAGUCGCUAAACAACAAAAAAACCGUCCUGAAGACAAGCUUCCUCGUUUCGCGUACCUCGUCUCCGGGUCCAAAGGGGACGUGGAGAAGCUCUGGAGAACGCUCAGAGCGGUGUACCAUCCGAGGAACCACUACGUUGUUCACUUGGAUCUUGAAUCCCCCGUUGAUGAGAGACUAGACCUGGCUUCUCGGAUUAAUAAGGAUCCUAUGUAUACUAGAACCGGGAAUGUCUUUAUGAUCACCAAGGCUAAUCUUGUCACGUAUAGAGGACCCACCAUGGUGGCCAACACACUUCACGCCUGUGCUGUUUUGCUUAAGAGAAGCGCUAACUGGGAUUGGUUUAUUAAUCUUAGUGCUUCAGAUUAUCCCCUGGUGACCCAAGAUGAUCUACUUCAUACGUUUUCGACUCUGGACCGGAACCUCAACUUUAUCGAACACACAAGCGAUCUUGGUUGGAAAGAGGAGAAGCGAGCAAUGCCAGUAAUGAUCGAUCCUGGACUCUACAUGUUGAACAAAUCAGAUAUAUACUGGGUCACACCUCGUCGAAGUUUGCCAACUGCGUUUAAAUUAUUCACCGGAUCUGCUUGGAUGGCUCUAUCACGUCCCUUUGUAGAGUACUGCAUAUGGGGAUGGGACAACUUACCACGAACUCUCCUAAUGUACUACACCAACUUCGUCUCAUCACCCGAAGGUUACUUCCAAACCGUGAUCUGCAACGUCCCCGAGUUCUCGAAAACCCCGCUCAACCAUGACCUCCACUACAUCUCCUGGGACACUCCCCCGCAGCAGCAUCCUCACGUGCUGUCGCUCAACGACACGUCUCAGAUGAUAUCCAGCGGCGCUGCCUUCGCUAGGAAGUUCAAAAGAGACGACCAAGUGCUUGACAUGAUAGAUAAGGAGCUGCUGGGAAGGAGGAACGGUGAAGAUGGGUUUACUCCAGGUGGGUGGUGCGGUGGGAAAAAACCAAAGUGCUCCCAGGUCGGUGAUGUGGCUAACGUUAAGCCUGGUGCUGGAGCUCAGAGGCUUCAGGGACUUGUGGACAGGUUAGUCAACGAGGCUAAAACAGGACUUAAUCAGUGUAAAUAGAUCCGAGGGGGAUGGGAAUCGAGAGUGAGAUUGUUUCUUACGAUAUAUAAUUAUAUAUACACAUAUAGGGUUCCAGAGAAUCUUUAGUUCGGUUUAGAAAAAGACUAUUUAGACAUUGUUUUUCUGAUUGAGUAGAUGGAUGCCUUGUAUACCACGACAACUUACUAGUCUCAUAUUGGAGAUUAGUUUUUCCAUUGUUUGAAGCCAUUUUUCACAAACUAAAUAAAAAUUAUAAUCUUUUUUUUCUUA